CCCGCCUGCCGCUGCCCGGAGCUCGGCCGGGCCGGGAGAGCGGGCAGCAUGUCGGUGGCGUUCGCGGCUCCGCGGCAGCGCGGCAAGGGCGAGAUCACGCCCGCCGCCAUCCAGAAGAUGUUGGAUGAAAAUAACCAUCUCAUUCAGUGUAUAAUGGACUAUCAGAACAAAGGGAAGACCUCGGAGUGUUCUCAGUACCAACAGAUGCUGCACACGAACUUGGUCUACCUGGCCACGAUAGCAGACUCGAACCAAAAUAUGCAGUCUCUGCUGCCAGCACCGCCCACACAGAACAUGCCCCUGGGCCCCGGAGGGAUGAACCCGAGCGGCGCCCCGCCCCCUCCGCGCGCUCACAACGUGCCUUCAGAUGGGAUGGUCGGUGGGGGGCCCCCUGCGCCCCACAUGCAGAACCAGAUGAACGGCCAGAUGCCGGGGCCCAGCCACAUGCCUCUGCAGGGGCCUGGGCCCAGCCAGCUCAGCCUGACCAACAGCUCCAUGAGCAUGCCCGCCAGCAGCCACGGGGCCAUGGGCGGCUACAGCCACGCGGUGCCGUCCUCCCAGAGCGUGCCCGUGCAGAGCCAGAUGACCAUGAGCCAGGGCCAGCCCCUGGGGAACUACGGCCCCCGACCAAACAUGAGCAUGCAGCCAAACCAAGGUCCAAUGAUGCACCAGCAGCCUCCUUCCCAGCAGUACAACAUGCCCCAGGGCGGUGGGCAGCACUACCAGGGCCAGCAGCCGCCCAUGGGGAUGAUGGGCCAGGUCAGCCAAGGCAAUCACAUGAUGGGCCAGAGGCAGAUCCCACCCUAUAGACCGCCCCAGCAGGGCCCGCCCCAGCAGUACUCGGGCCAGGAGGACUAUUACGGGGACCAGUACAGUCACGGCGGACAGGGUCCUCCGGAAGGCAUGAACCAGCAGUAUUACCCUGAUGGUCAUAAUGAUCACGGUUAUCAGCAACCGUCGUAUCCUGAGCAAGGCUACGAUAGGCCUUAUGAGGAUUCCUCACAACAUUACUACGAAGGAGGGAGCGCCCAGUACGGCCAGCAGCAGGAGGCCUACCAGGGCCCGCCUCCCCCGCAGGGCUACGCGCCCCCGCAGCAGCAGUACCCGGGCCAGCAGGGCUACGCGGGCCAGCAGCAGGCCUACGGGACAGUAUGGAAAUUACCAGCAGUGAAGGCUCUCACAUUCCAGUGGCCAGCACCUGCCGGCACCACCCCCGCGUGGACCCUCCCGGGAGAGACCCUCCAUUCCACCCGUUUUUGGAGAAGCCUGGGCUCGGGGCUUCCUCAGCAGCAGCCGGUGGCUUAGUUGUGUCAAAGGCUUCAGUAGCUCAGAAAUACUCUUUAAUUUCCCGUUUCUACUCUAGAUGGCAACAUUGGACAGAAAAUACGCCGCAGCCAAUUGGCAGUGGCUUCGGGACUGUGUCAAAUGGACUGUUACAGGCUGGGAGGUGCGGGCAGCUUUGUCUGUUUUUCAGGUUGAGGGAAUUUAAUACUUUUCCACAGAUUCUUUUGUAAGGGGGAGAGGGAAAUGUACACUUUUUACAGUUAGCAAUAUUUUGUAUAUUAUGUUUAUUUCAUGUGGUGAAUGUGCCGAUGGCGCUCUGCGUGUGGGACGGAGUCGGCAGUCCUGUUGGCGAGGGCUGGGCCCGGGGGCGCUUCAUUGUGUGGUCUCCGUGGGGAGGCGCCCGCCUGCCGCCGGGGGUGCCGAGAGGAAGUCAGACCCCUUACCUGCCAGCUCAUCAAGGGCACGGGGAUGCAGUUUUGGGUAAAAAGACUUUUUUUAAAGCUUUCCAGUUUUGUGGAUUAAACCUUUUUAUAAAGAUCACUUAUAAUACAGUUUUAAAAUGUGAGGUAAUAAGAAUUACUUCAUGUUGGAUCUGAAGAAUCUUGGUAAUAGGUUCAAGUAAAUGAAAUGGUAAUCCUCUCUUAAAAUAGCAGUAAGUGGAAAUGGAAGUGUUAAUUUACCUUGUUAAUCAGGGAAGUUAGUAAUAGCAAAGCAUUUUAUAAACGCUAUCAAAGAAGGGUCAACAUUGAUUGGGUCAUUUUAACAUCAGGUUGGUUGGUUUAUAUACUAGAAUAGUUCAGGAGACUUACAAACCUUUAUUUCAGUGUUCUUAACUGGGAAUUUUACAUUUAUAAAGGGACACUUGAGUUUUCCCUUUCUUAUGUUGGAGAAUAUAACACAAAAAGACGUUGAGGAAAAUGCUUGUUGAUGAGGCUAGUUAGGACCUGCACUGGAGGACGGAGGUGCGUCUGGUCCCUGUGCUCACUAGCAGGGCGUCGUUACCAUGAGGAGACGCCUGUGCCGGUCAUUCUGCUCAGUGCAGGGACAGGGCUGGGCAGGAGUCCUGCAUGGAGAGGGCUGUAAGCACAGCCACUUCAGCAGAUCCGAGCGCAUCUAGCCCAAAGGUAAGUUGGUGUUUCCAUCACGGCUGCCCAGGCCCAGGGAGCGAGACGUGCUCUUUAUCACGGAACGGGUUUCCCCACUUCCACCUGGAAACGACCGGAGGGAGUGCGUUCAUUUGAGUGAAGCAGGGCCUACUGCUCCAGCACGCUGUCGUCAGAGAGGGACUCAGUGUCUCCGUACGCGAGAGGGCGUGUGGGUGAGGGUCCGAGAGGUCUUACUCUCAGCGUGAGGGCGUGUGGGUGAGGGUCCGAGAGGUCUUACUCAGCGUGGUCAGUAGGAAGUGGACAUCGAGCCUGAGCGGUACCGCGCGGACGGCCUGACGGGUUGGAAUGCUCGCGGUUCUGUGCCAAUUUCCACCCCUGUGUACUUUGUUGCUAUUUAAAACUGUACCAGCUCUAACGGAGGAAUAAAUUAUUUGUGAUUUUAA